CUACAAACUUUAUCGAUAAUUUACUUACUAACAUUUCAUCUUUAUCAAAGAUUAAAAGAAUUGUAGCUUAUGUGCUGCGAUUUAUACUUAGAACUAGAAAACAGAAGUCCUUAUUCUCCGUUUCAUUGUCUCAAUUUGAGCUCCAAAAAGCUCUACACGUUCUUGUUAAACACUUCCAAAACCCAUUCGUAAACUCGUUCCUUUUCUUGAUCGGGAUGGGUUGCUCAGGGUGGGUGGACGGUUAAAACAUUCUGAAGUGUCAUACGAACAAAAACAUCCGUUAUUAUUGCCGCGUGAUUCUCGGUUGAGUGAAUUAGUUAUUGAAGAUACUCACCGCGAGUUUUUGCAUCCUGGACAUCGUACUCUGCACGCACUUCUGGCUCAACAGUUCUGGAUUCUGUCACCGCGACGAGCCAUUUCCGGAUGUAUGAAAUGUGUUCGAGCUGAUCCCAACACGCAGAUUCCAUUGAUGGCUAAUCUUCCCAGUUACCGAUUCUCUGAGCUGAAAGCCUUUUACGUAUCUGGGGUGGACUUUGCCGGUCCAAUAUUUACUACAAUGCAUCGCUCUCGUGGCGUACGGUCUGUAAAGUCGUACAUUUGCGUUUUUGUUUGUGCGUCCACUAAAGCCGUACACUUAGAGUUAGUUUCAGACUUAUCGACAGACGCCUUUAUCGCUGCUCUCCGACGCUUUCUAUCUCGUAGAGGACAUUGCUCGAUGUUAUUUAGCGACCAAGGAACAAACUUUGUGGGAGCUGACAACAAACUUCGUGAAUUGGCCGCAGCAACUGGUACCUCCUUUGGGAUCAACUGGCACUUUAAUCCUCCCGGAGGCCCCCAUUUCAAUGGAUUAUCUGAGGCGGGAGUAAAAUCGGUGAAAAACCAUCUCACAAGAGUUAUCGGAGAGCAGAUACUUACAUUCGAAGAAAUGUACACCGUCUUAACACAAGUGGAAGCAGUAUUAAAUUCAAGGCCGUUGUAUCCGAUGUCAGGUGAUGCAAAUGACUUACAACCCUUAACCCCCGCGCAUUUUUUAGUUUUAGGUCCACUUAAUUCCGAAUUACCGGAACCUAACCUUACAAAACGACCGUUAAAUCGUCUUGACCGUUGGAACCUAAUCCAAAGGAUGGUCCAAGAUUUCUGGGGGCGCUGGCGUGACGAGUAUUUGCACACACUACAACAGAGACACAAAUGGUCGGAAAAUUCUCCAGGAAUUAACGUUGGAGACCUUGUUGUUAUAAAACACGACCAAAAACCGCCACUUCAAUGGACAUUUGGGCGCGUAUGCGACAUCCACCCUGGCCAAGAUGGACUCGUUCGCGUCGUAUCUGUUAACACCACCAAUGGCGUUUUGGUUCGACCUGUUUCAAAGAUUUGUUUGUUACCAAAAAAGAAUCGUGAUAAUUGUAAUUAAUUUAUACUUAAUCUAUUCGUUGUACUCUUCGUUUCAUUAUUUUGUUCACUAGUCACUUUAAUUGUUGUUAAAAUUAUAUUAAUUUUGGUGGGUGGAAUGUUCAUG